UCUCUCUCUCUGUGAGUAUGCUCAGUCAUUCAGCUCCGUGCACCGCUGUUGUUUCGUGAGGCUGGAGAGCCGGUGGGGAGCCUGUGGUUGGGGAAAUAAGCGCUUGUGCCGGCACUGGCUACCUCAGAGACAAACUAGACACAGAGGAGGGACGCCGGGACUGUGGAUUUUCACCUGCUUGUGUCAAGAAGAGAUGGAUUUGUGGUGCCUGUGAACUUUGGAGAGAAUAUACUGCACGUGUAAUAGACAUAAACAGCUCCUAUUUGGCAUCAGGGGUUGCUGGAGGAGAGGAAGUCUCUGAAAUCUGCUGCAAAUCCUGAACACGGUCUGAUGUAGAUCUGCGCCCGAGAAGUCGGAACAACCCCUGGAAGUCCCCCCUCGUCUCAUUCUUUCAGUAAUCCCUGCUCUCAAACCCACCGCCGCCUCUCGUUUUCUCGCCAUGGAGCCGCUGGAGAGAGGAGACGCUGAUUAAUGUUACUCCCAGCAGCCUGAGUCUGAUUCCACGGCACUAGAAAUAGAAAGCAGAGAAGAAACAGCCUGUGAACACUUGUGAACUGUCAUCACGUGAAACAAGAGAAGCACCAUGUGGAAUCAGUCCGGAUACUGCAAUCACAUACCUCACGCCGGAUAUCCCUUCUACCAUGCACCCUGCAGUCAUAACCAGAGGACCACGGCGUUUCGCCAUCCUGUGACGGGACAGAUUUCUCCAGAGAACGUGGAUUUUAUCCUGCAAGAACAGCCGCAGGGUGCUCGCAUGAUGUCCAAACCGGCGGGCGAGCAGCUCUCCAGCACCACCAUCAGCGAGGCCUCCACUGCCAUCACCUCCUCCACUGUGGACACCACCUCUGCCUCCAAGGGCUCCCGCUCCAGUGGCAAGGUGCACAGCUUUGGGAAGAGAGAGCAGGCCAUCAAGAGGAAUCCUAAUGUUCCUGUGGUGGUCCGAGGAUGGCUGUACAAACAGGACAGCUCCGGGAUGCGUCUUUGGAAGAGGAAGUGGUUCGUCCUGGCCGAUUUCUGUCUGUUCUAUUACAAAGACAGCAGAGAGGAAUCGGUCUUAGGCAGUAUUCCUCUGCCCAGCUAUGUCAUUUCACCCGUGGGACUCGAGGACCACAUCAGCCGCAAGUAUGCCUUUAAGGCUAGCCACACUGGUAUGCGCUCGUACAUUUACAAGCAGAGCUCUGUGAUUGGCUCGCAGGCGGAGCACACUGGGAUGCGGACGUAUUACUUCAGCGCCGACACCCAGGAGGACAUGAACACCUGGCUGAGGGCCAUGAACCAGGCCGCGCUGAUGCAGAACCACGCAGACGCUCUCAUCAGACCAUCUGACAAGUUGGAGAAGUUGAGCAUGUUGCAGCAGCAGGCCGUCCCGCAGACGAACCACGUGAACCACCACAGGACCAAGACUUCAGACUCUGACGCCACCAGACCAAUCAUCCACGAGGUUCUCCUGGAGCCCAUACGCCGCGAGGCAGAGGAGCGCUGCAGCUUCCACAAAGACUCUCCUGCCAUCACCAUGUUGGAGCACCCCAUAGGAGGCGGCGGCCUGGAGAUGGACACGCACACCUCCCUCCCUUCCAACCCCACGCCCUCCGCCCUCCCACAGUCGGAGCACGUUUCGGCCUCGGCGCCUGUGUCCAGGGUGCCAUCCAGAGCGCCGUCGCGAGCCGCCUCAACGCUUCCCUCCAGCGUCUGCACGCGGAACGGCCUCGUUUCCACGCCCAGCCCCAUUCUGGAGCCCAACGGGAUUGCAGCAGGGACGUACCAGAGGGCCCCUGCUGACACACACAAGCAGGUGCAGAGGAGAAGCGCCCUGGAUCAGGUGGAGCACUGGGUCCAAGUGCAGAAGGCUGAGUACAAAGGCCCGCCAUCCAGAGAGAACACCCUCCCACGUCGCACGCCACCAACCCAGCACAAGUUCACCUCCGUGGACGCAUACCAAACCCUGCCAAAGACUCCUCGGCAGAGUCCUCCUCCUGGCCGAAUCGGUGAGUACAAGUACGCCCAGGACCGCCUGAGCCACUUCCGCCUCACCCCAGAGCAGGGCGGCCCCGGCUCCAACACCGUGUGGCAGCUGUACGAGUGGCAGCAGCGUCACCAGUUCCGUCACGGCAGUCCCACGGCGCCGCUCUACACCCCGGCCCCGGAGUACCCCUUCGGCCCCCGCCCACCAUCCACUGUGCCUCCUUCCUCCUCAGCCCCCAGGUCAGAGGGGCCUCCUCGCUGCGUGUCAGUGCCACCGUCAUCUGCGGACAUCCCUCCGCCGGGGCCCCCACCGGGCAGCAGUCGAACUCUGUCACCCACGCGGAGGCCACACACGCCAGCUGAACGGGUGACAGUCAGGCCGGUGGGUGACCGGUCAGUGGUGGACAUCCCCUUCACCGUGUCCCCCCGCAGGACCAAAUCCCAGCUGUUCAAGGCUGCCACUAUCGAGAGACGGUCGAUGCCUCCCUCUGGCUACAUCACACACACAGUCAGUGCGCCCAGCCUUCAUGGCAAAACGCCCGAGGAGCUCACUCUGCUCCUCAUUCAGCUGCGCCGGCAUCAGGCCAAGAUGGCCUCCGCACGCCAGCACACAUUAACCCAGCUCCAGCGGCUCAACGGUCCCAAAGAGCCCUUCCACCACAACCACCUCCUCACCAGUACCACCACUAGCAACAGCCCCCUCCUCAGCUCCGGCCCCUCUCCUGUGUCCCACCACGGACAUGUGGGCCUCUCAGCUCCCAUAGGCCCUUGCAACACCCAGGCUGACGACACCUACAUGCAGCUGAAGAAGGACUUGGAGUAUCUGGACCUGAAGGUAGCUGGAAGUCAGACACUGAAGGAGUCAGGGAAACCUGUCAAGGUCGCAGAAAGUGACGUGGAUGUGAAGCUGAGUCGGUUAUGUGAGCAGGACAAGAUCCUGAAGGAUCUGGAGGCGAGGAUCAGCUCCCUGAAGGAGGACAAGGACAAACUGGAGAGCGUCCUGGACGUGUCCCACCAGCAGAUGGAGCAGUUCCAGGAGCAGCCGGCCCACGCUCACAAGAUCGCCUAUCAGCAGAGGCUGCUGCAGGAGGAUCUGGUCGCCAUCAGAGCCCAAAUAUCACGCCUCUCCACGGAGAUGGCACAAGCCUGGGAGGAGUACAGCAAGCUGGAGAGAUCAGUAGAGCAGCUGAGGAUGGCGCUGCACACACACAUGAGCCACAGCUCCACCCCUCUGCAAGAGAAAUCUGAGAUGAAGCGUGAGCUGUGGAGGAUCGAAGAUGUGAUGGCGGGACUGAGCUCCAGCAAAGCCAACUACAAGAUCACCAUUGACUCUGUGCAGAACCCAGAGAGGAAAUUAGUGCCUUCGGUGUCGGACCCGGCAGUGCCUUCUCAUAGCACAGAGGUCCAGCCUCCUCCUCGCAGCUCCAUCCCCACCAUCCUCUCCCAUACUUUGCCUCACAGCAGCGUGCCAAAGUGGGCAGAGGACAGCGCCCCACCCCGCCCACCACUGCCCCGCCUCUACGACUACGAAGAGACGCCCCCUGUGGUGCCUCCUCUCCCCAAAGAGGCCUCGGUCAUUCGCCAUACGUCCGUGCGUGGACUGAAACGCCAAUCAGACGAGAGGAAGAGGGACAGGGAGAGCGGGCAGUAUGUCGUCAAUGGAGACUGUAAGGCCGACUUGCGAUCGUACCUGAGUGAACCAGAGCUGCCAGGAAUGAGUCACCACAACACCGGGUCUGAGGUUGACUACCAGUAUUUCCCAGGCAAAGGCCCCUCGUCUCUUCUGAACCAGUCCACCUCCAUCUCUUCCUACGUCACCCUAAGGAGAGGCCCCGGGAGCUCCGCAUCCAGGGAGAGACCUAAGAGUGCCUUGGAGCGUCUGUCAUCGCCUACAGAGGCCCUGCAGCUCCCCAGCAGCCAGGCUCGGGGCCGAAUGACCGCGGAGGAGCAGCUGGAGCGAAUGAAGCGGCAUCAGAAGGCGCUGGUCCGCGAGCGCAAGAGGAACCUCAGCCAGGGGGAGCGCUCCUGCACGGGCCUCUCCACCUCCACCGUCACCAGCCAGCGCUCCUCCUCCUCCUCCAGGCUGCCCUCCAGCACCUCCGAUCCUCCGGCCUCCGUGUUUGAUUGGCAGGAGGAGCGACUGGGGGCGGAGGGUCAGAGCGAUGAAGGACGGAGCCAGGUGAAAGAGAGAAGCAGGAUUCAUUCCGAUGAGUGGGUGAAGGUGACGGCGACGGCCGCACACAUACGAGAGGUCGACGUCGAGCCUCUCGACUACGACCUGGAUAUCAGCCGAGAGCUGUCCAAACCACGAAAAGUUCCCAUCCCAGAGAGGUACGUAGAGUCGGACCCUGACGAGCCUGCGAGUCCGGAGGAGCUGAAGGAACGCUCCCGCCGGGCCGAGCGCAUCAAGAACCUCCUGGCCAAAUCCAGUGUUCAGAACAUACAACCAUCGGCCCCAUUAGACUUCAGUGAGCUGGACUCAGCUCUGCAGCAGCAGGAGAGGAUCAUGAACGUGUCCCAAACACUCGCUGCUGAGGCGUCACGCAAGAGCAAACUGGUGGCAGGGACUGAGUGGCUGGAGAGGCAGUGAGCAUGUCUGGUCCAGCCAAAGCUGCUGCAGAGCACUGACCCACAGUAACGACCAACAGAAGACAUCGUUGUGAAGACGAAGAAAAGGAUCUAAUCAUUUUUUCAAGUGUCCACUAAUUGAUUUACUUGUAACAAAGCCUUUCAUAUGACUGAAAACUACAUACAUGUUUCUAAGAGUGAUAUGAUUUAUUUGUAGUCUUGGAAUAGAAUCAAGUUUCACUGCACUUACACAAUUAAGUAAUCUAUAACAAGAGGGAAUCAAUCGUUUUUUAAUCUGCAAUUUAGUGCAAUUUAGUUGUUUGGUCUGUAUUUCCAUGAGUGAAUAAAAGAGUUAAAUGAAAGUCAA